AUGUCCGGCGCUCUGCUUCCUCUCCGCGCCCGGCAUUGCCUCAUCACCGGCGCGUACGGGGGCAUCGGCGCCGCCAUCGCCGCCCGCUUCGCCGCCGAAGGCGCCCUCGUGACCCUCCUCGGCCGCAGAGAGGACAAGCUGCGAGACCUCUGCGCCCAGCUCCCGCCCUUCCGGGACACCCGCCUCGCCCCCCUCACCGCCGCCUCCGACUCCGACUCCGGCAGCACCCGGCCGUCCCCGGACGAGAAGCCGCCCGCCCAUUCCUACGCCGUCAUGGACGUGUCCGCCCAAGGCCGCGAUGAAGCCGUAUUGGACGACAUCUGGAAACGUACGGGCCAGAUAGACGUCCUUGUCAACGCCGCGGGUAUUGCGCAAUUCCAGCUCUUGCAGAACACCUCCCCUCACGCCGCCAGGGAACUCGUUGACACCAACCUCAUGGGCACCAUCUUCAUGUCGAGGUACAUGGCCCAACGCAUGAAGCGCAGGCGCGCCGACAGGGAUGCUUGCAUUAUCAACGUCGCGAGCUUGCUGGCCCAAAAGGGCAGCCCCGGCACCAGUGUGUAUGCAGCUUCAAAGGCAGGCAUCAUAGGUCUCACCCACGCUCUUUCCGUCGAACUAGGACCGCUGCGCAUCAGGACCAACGCCAUAGUCCCUGGCUACAUAGAAACCAAUAUGCUUGCCUCCAUGUCGAGAGAACCCCUCGAGAAGCGCAUUCCGCUGGGGCGUUUGGGCCGGCCCGAUGAGGUGGCUGAUGCCGCCGUUUUCCUGGCCCAAAACACGUACGCCAAUAACUGCAUCCUGAAUCUGGAUGGUGGGUUGAGUGCUGUCUGA